AUGGCUCCCGAAUCUUCUAUUACGUAUGUUGAUGCAAAAGCACGGGUCGUCCGUGCUAUUGCCAAAAUCAGUUCGUUUGUCGUUGCAGCGGGUGAUUUUAAGGCCGAUAAACAUAAUCCUGGCAAACGAGCUAAAAUCUGUACCAUGCUAUUGGAGCUGAACGAACUUCGUCAGACCACAGAAGAUGAUAUCCAAGUUAUGGAAAAUGCUGUUGGUAAAAGUUUAUCGUUGUCACCCAUUAUCGAAACGUCCACUUUUCGAUCAGUGCAAAAUCAGUCAGGUGGUUUUGGAAACCUGUCAAAUUAUCAACUUCCAAAACGCAAAUUUCCGACGUUUUCUGGACUUAUAACGGAAUGGCAGGGUUUUGAAGAUUUAUUCACAUCAAUUCUAUCUCAUGCUCCAGAUCUUCCUGACGUUGAGCGUUUCGAAUAUUUAAAAACCUCACUAGAAGGUGAACCUCUAUCACUUAUAGCCCAUCUUCCUCUUACAUCGGCAAAUUAUCCAAAAGCUUGGGAAGUUCUACGUUCGCGGUACGGAAAUAAGCAUGACUUAGCACGUAUUCACUUGGACGCUCUGCUAUCCCAACACACCGUCAAGUCAAAUGAUGCCUUGUCCAUUAAAACUUUAAUUACAUCUAUUCAGGAGCACACUGCUGCUCUGGAUAAUUUGGAUUUUGUUACUCGGCAAUGGAGUCCGAUAUUGGUUCACAUUUUUGAAAAUCAUCUGGACUAUGACCUCCGAGCUCGUUGGGAGAUAACUGUGGGAGACCGACAUCAGCCAUCUACAAAUGAUUUUCUUGAAUUUCUGAAAAGUCAUGUACGGUCAGCGGAAGCACGUGCUGGGCAGUACUCGUCGACUAUAACUUCGCUCACGUCUCAACAGAGAUCUUCUCAAAAAAUAUUUAGUUCAAAACCUCGUCACGCGAUUUUACCGAAGGUUCUAGCGGCCACUACGAACUCAUUCAACGCGGUCACUUGUCCAUUGUGCACCAAACCUCAUAUGGUUCGAAAAUGCCCAUCUUUUAUUUCAAAAUCACCAAGUGAGCGAUUCCAGCUCGCUAAAAUGCAUCGGUUGUGCAUAAACUGUCUUGGAUCUGGACACUCCACCGCCUCCUGUAGUUCGAAGUACAAAUGCACAACCUGUGAUCGAUCUCACCACAGCUUGUUGCAUUUUAAUUCCAAAGACAGCGCGUCCACCUCCACAGCAGUUCUCACGGCAAGUAAAACUGAGGCUGGUCCUAGUGCCGUAUCGAUGGUGGUUAGAGGACAGCCUCAGAAAAUUGUAUUGCUUUCUACUGUCUUACUUGAUGUAGUUGCUGCUGACGGUACCCGUCACUCUAUUAGAGCCUUGUUCGAUAGUGGUGCUCAAGCGAGUUUUAUCACGGAGCAAACUGCAUGUGUGUUAAUGCUGAAGCGACAUCCUUCAACAGUUGCAAUCACUACGUUCGCCAGACCUACGCCUCAGUCUCCUAUUAUGCCGGGACAAUGGAGCCAUAUUACCAGCCUACCUCUCGCUGAUCCAUUGUACCAUCGCCCUCAGUCAAUCGAUCUGUUGUUGGGUGCCGAUAUCUUGCCAAUGCUGUUUCUAAACGGCAAAGCAUCAGGUCAACCUGGUGAGCCUAUCGCCCUCGAAACCGUGUUUGGUUGGAUUCUGAUGGGACCUGUCGAAAACCGUUGUCAAUCAACUGUCACUGCAAUGUUUCUAUCCAUUUCUGAAAGUCUCGAUUCGUCCAUAAAGCGGUUUUGGGAACUUGAAGAGUUGCCUACUGUUCGCCAUCUCAGUCCGGAUGAACGUGCUGCAGAGGAACAUUAUAAAGUAACAACCACUCGAUUGAAGUCUGGAAGAUUCAUGGUCUCUCUUCCAUUUCGAACGGCAUCGCCUCUAUUAGGUGAUUCAAAAUUUGCUGCCAUUCGUCGUUUUCAGGCGCUCGAAAACCGACUAAAUCAAGACCCGCCACUUCAACGUCAGUACGCCGACUUCAUGCAGGACUACCUGGACGCCGGUCACAUGGAACUGAUUCCACCCGAACAAGUCGGCAACGUUUUUCAUUAUUAUAUCCCGCAUCAUUGUGUACUUCGACCUGAAAGUAGCACCACAAAACUUCGUGUCGUUUUCAAUACCUCCGCUCGCACAAGUGCCGGAUAUUCCUUGAACGAAAGCCUGUAUACGGGUCCAAAACUUCAGCCUGACAUUCAAGUUGUGCUUCUGCGUGCACGACUUUGGAAAUAUGUCUUCAUGACAGACAUUAAACAGAUGUACCGACAGAUAAUGGUACGGCCUGCUGAUCGAGAUUACCUGCGAAUCCUUUGGAGAUUUUCCAAAGAUACCCCCGUGCAGGAAUAUCGUCUCUGUACGGUUACUUACGGCACAUCAGCCGCGCCUUUCCAAGCUCUUCGGACACUCCAGGAAUUGGCCACCGUUGAUGGAAAAUUAUUCCCAAGUGCUGCGUCAAUUCUCCUGAACGACACUUUCGUAGAUGACAUUCUCACUGGAGCUAACACAGAAAAGAAUGUCCUUGAAUACCAAUCUCAACUCAUCAACUUGUGUUCAUUGGCAAAAUUUGAGCUGAGAAAAUGGGCGAACAAUAACAGUACUAUUCUGCAAGCUGUUCCAACAGAAUGUCAAGCAAUGUCUCCAGCCAUUCUCUACAACGACACUGAUGAUUUUGGUUUAAAAAUACUUGGACUAAAAUGGGAUCCAAGAGCUGACGUGUUUUCUUUUAACACCAAACCAUCAUCAACCAUCCCAAAAAAACGCUCAGUACUCUCCGACAUUGCCAGAGUUUUCGAUCCAUUGGGAUUGUUGUCUCCCAUAACCUUCUGGACCAAACACGUUAUGCAACAGCUUUGGACAACUGGGAUCACAUGGGACGACAACAUACCCACCGAUAUUGCUGCACUAUGGACGCGAUAUCAAUCGGAACUGAAGUCGAUUGUAUCGAUUUCCAUUCCUCGUCGAAUAACCUACGAAAAUACAAUCAAUGUGCAGCUUCACGCUUUUUCGGACAGCUCAGAAAAGGGAUACUCCGCGGCCGUAUACCUUCGAACAGAAACAGCGGUCUCGACUCAUUGUCACCUUGUUACCGGUAAAUCCAAGGUAGCGCCUCUAAAACGGUCUACUAUCCCCCGUCUUGAGCUGUGUGGAGCUGUUUUAGCCGCCAAACUCCUACGGUUCGUUGUUGAUACCUACUCGAAACGUCUUCAAAUUGAUACAUUACAUGCCUGGACGGAUUCAACCACUGCGUUAGCAUGGAUACAAUCGUUUCCCCAUCGUUGGGCUACAUUUGUUGCAAAUCGAACCAGUCAGAUUCAUGAACUAACCUCCCCAGACAUUUGGCAUCAUGUACCCACACAGGACAAUCCGGUUGACUGUGCCUCCCGUGGACUGUUUCCGUUGGAACUGGUUGCUCAUCCACUGUGGUGGACAGGUCCUGCGUUCCUGUUAGCACCAUCUGAAACUUGGCCAUCUGCUGCACCUCGUUUAAAUAAAACCAAUGAUCACGUCUCCACUGAAGCUCGAAAGUGUACGGUCCUACUCACUAUGAAUACUUGUUCUGUUACUGAAGUUCUUCAUCGUUUUUCGUCGUUCAACAAAAUUAUUAAUAUUGUGGCAUAUUGUCUCCGUCUCUCUACUUCACGCCCCUCUGAAUUUACCCACAUUGUUGAUGCGAGUGAACGAGCGCGAGCUUUGUUGGACUUAGUGUAUUUCGUCCAACAAACAUCAUACUCCGAUGACAUUUCACUUUUAACUAAAGGAUUGCGUUGCUCUCCUGCCAUUCGAAAAUUGGACCCGUUCCUUGAUGUGGAUGGAUUUCUGAGAGUGGGUGGGCGUCUCAACAAUGCUGAUCUUCCAUACGCUCACAAACAUCCACUUUUAUUGCCAUGCCAUCAUCGAUUGACUUUGUUGCUCAUUGACUAUCAUCACCAACGUCUAAAACAUCCAGGAUCUGCAUCUCUUCAAGCAACUUUACAACAUGAAUUUUGGAUACCAUCUGUACGGAAGAUAAUUCAAUCUCGGAUACGCCUAUGCAUCGCCUGUUACCGCACCAGGCCACGGUCAGUGCAACCGAAAAUGGCCUAUCUUCCGAGAUACCGUGUCCAGCAAGUAAAACCAUUCUCUAUAACCGGUGUGGAUUAUGCUGGCCCUAUUACGCUGAAAGAAGCACGUGGGCGUCGGGUAAGCCCUAAAACAGCAUAUAUUUGCUGUUCGUUUGCACCACCACCAAAGCACUCCAUUUAG